GGAAGAAUUUACUUUUGAGAAUUGAAGCCAUUGUGUCUCAUCCGGUUUAAAACAUUUACAACAAAAGACAUUGCAGCCUUCAGUUUUCAAAGUCGUUGACAGCUAUGAAACUCAUUCUGAGAUGGAUUUUUUGCUUCAGUUUAGGAAGACUUUACUUCUGAGUCUGAGAGUGAAAACUGUUGCGUCUCAUCCUGUUCAAGACAUUUACUACGACCGAUCUUACAGGUGCUCAACAGGAAAUCUGGUGUCUUAUUUUCAGUCUUCAAAGUUUAGCUGACAACUAUGAAACUCAUUCUGCGGUGGAUUUUUUGCUUCAGUUUUGGUUUUGUUGCUGAUUGCCGAGAGAAUCGUUAUGGUUUGAAAGGAAGCUCAGUCAGUCUGAGCAUCAGUCCCAGAAAUCAGUCACAUCAGCUAAAUAAUGUCAAAUGGCGACGAUUCAACAGGAAAGACUAUCUUGGAGACAAAGACGGAGUUCCCCCUAACUUUAAGAAAAAAGUAAGCUUAAACCACUCAGACUGGUCUUUGACCAUAUACAACCUGCAGGAAAAUGACAGUGGACUAUAUGAGGCCCUUUCACAUUUUGAGGAUGAAACUCUGGCUGCAUUCACACUUACAGUGGAGAACAUUGUCUCUCAGCCUGUAAUCAAACUGAGCCCAUUUGACUUUAAUUCAUCUGCUGGAGUGUGUCGGGCCACAGUAAACUGUUCGGCUGAUGGCAGCUGGGCCAUGUAUGACUGCGACCAAAGUCACUGUGCAGAAACACAAGCCUCUCAAUUCUCCAUUAACAUCAGUGUCACUGCACUGGACAGAGGCAUCCAAUGCCAUGUAAACAACCACGUGAGCAAGAAUCAUUCUAAAGCUUCCAACAUUAUGUGCCUUGAAAAGCAGCAAAGUGAGUCGCCCUCUUCACCGUCACUGGUCUUUUGGAUCAUGGUCACCACUGGUGGUGGCAUUUUGUUGAGUUUGAUUUUGGGUUUGAUUGUAAUAGUUCUCAGGAGAAGAAAGUGUUCAAAAAUUCAUCCACAGUCCAGUCGUGUUGUGAUUGAACAGCAUCAUGAAACAAUUUAUAGCACGGUGGACAAGCCGGCUGCAUCUCAGAUUUCUCCAGAAAACAAUACUGUCAGCGACAAAGUAGAAACCAUUUACGACACUCCAUCACGACACACCAAGGCCUGUCAAGUAGACAGCGUGGAAGUGAGGAGUGACAACCAGGAACAACAGCAAUCUCACGACAGAACUAUUCAAGUAAAAGCUACAGUUCACCAGGCAGCAGAAGCCGAUUCAGAGCCAAUAAACACGGUUUACUGCAAACUGGGAGAGAUCUGAGACAUACACAUACUGUACAUGUCUGAGAUGUGAGUGGAGAUUUAAACCACACCAGAUAUUUGUGAAGAAGAUAGAAAUUGUACUUUAAUGUUAAUUUUGUGUGUUUUCACUAGUGAAUAGGUGGGUUUAAGCGUCACUGAUACAUGGAUAUAAUAUACACUGUAAGCUGCCUGCAAUUUUGUGAAACAGUAUAUGCAAUACACUCUUGAAAAUAACAGUUCAAAAAGGAUGUUUUGGUAGCAGUGCAGUGGAAGAACCAUUUUUGUUUCCCCAAAGAACCCUUCAGUUCUUAGUAUAGAGAGUAUUUAAAUAAUCUGAAGAACCUUUUGUGAAAUGGAAAGAUUCUGCACGGAACCAUCAAUGGCAAUAAAGAAGCUUUAUUUUUAUGAGUGUAUGCAAUGAUAUACAUUUCAAACAGUCCUGUAUUUUAACCUUAUUGUGUAGCAUGUUUAAUUCAUCAAGUAUUAUUUUGAGUUGAGUUGUUAACUAUUUUGUUGAUCCUAUUUUGUUCACAAAUAUCAUUAUUUAAAAUAAUCACAGCACAUAAUAGUCUCUAGUUCAUUACUUACACUGAAAAUGAAAAGUCAGGUUGAGUCCACUUACAUGAUUGUAGCAUCCUUUAUUCCAUGUAGUAUCAUGUGUUUGCACAUUUUGGCAAAUACAAUACAAAUCAAAUAAAUAAAAUUAAUUGCAUACUGUACACAGUAUACAUACAGGAAAAAUUGUGAUGGUAUGCUAUUCUGAACAUAAUUUAUAUUUCGGUGCUCAAAUUAUUGCUCAUUACGCUAUAUGGAUAUAAACUGACAACUCUUAGUUAGGAAUGGAGAUGAAACGUAACGUAAUACUAAACAGUUUUAUUUUUGUACAAUAAAGGCAAUUGAAAAAUACUUGUUUUAUUCCUC